AUGAAAGCCGUGAUGAAGAGUUUGAUCCCUCUGCUCGUCGUAGCGUCAGCAGUUGCUGCUGUGGACGUCCAGAAGAGAGUGUUGAAUGCAGUGGACUGUCCUAAGAGUGACGGUCAGCACUACGUGGUUCUGAGGCGUCGUACUUCUCCUUACGAGGAGUUCUGUGGAGGGAAUCUGAUCAGUCAGGAAUGGGUCCUCACUGCUGCUCACUGUAAUAUAGGAGAGUUUGACGUGGCUCUGGGAGACCAUGCAACUGAUGUGGAAGAAGAGAUGACGAUCUCUAAAACUAGUCAAAAGCAUAUCUUUCAUGAUGGUAGUGUCUUACAUGACAUCAUGCUUAUUAAACUGCCUCGUAAACCCUCUCCGGCACUUCCCGUCAUCAAACUCCCGACUGCUGAUCAAUGUAACCGUUUUAAGUUUGAUGCAGACUACACUAUCAUGGGAUGGUCCUUCACAGAUGUUGACCAGAAUACUAAAAAAAAAAACCAGAAGAAAGCAGUGAAUCUGCAGUGUGGUGAAGCUACAAUGGAUCAAAACUGUGAACAAGAUCCUGAUGUUUCAUCAAAAUACAAAAAAAAACAUUGUCUGUGCUCCCAAGACGUGAUGCCAUGUAACAGCUGCUCCAACGAUGUUCCAUGUGGAAACUGUCCCACCAAGAAACCAUGUGAAGCCUGUCCAGGAGAUUCUGGCGGCAGUCUGGUGAAGAAGAGUGAUGGUGUUCUGUAUGGAGUCACUGUUGCUACUACCCGAACACCCUCAGGGUUUACUGUCUACAUGAAAGUCUGUUCCUACAUGAAGUGGAUCAGAGAUAAAACUGGUAUUAAAGAAUAA